AUGGCUGGCCGCCCCGAAGCCCCGAGGCCCGAGGGCGCCGCCGCCGCCGCCCCCCCUCCGAGGCCGGGGUGUCCUCUUCAAGGCGGGGUCGCAGUUCCCCCCCUGAGGGGCGCGGGCGCCGAGAGGGGUGAGCUGGUGCGGGAUGGCUCCAGGUCCUCUGCGCUCCCUGCGAUCGCGGAUGUGGCAACCGCCCCGCCGCCGUCCAGAGGCGAGAAGCAAAGUGAGCGGUUUCGGAGGCGGCGAGGAGCCGGCUCGGAGGCGGGGGCGGGGCCUCCGCGGCUCCCGGCUCCGCUCGGCUCACCUCCCAGCGCGCGCCGCCCUCCUCUUCCCACCCGCACCUCCCGGGCUCGCUCCGGCUGGGAUUCCCCGGCGCCCCGCCCUGGACCUCGGGCUCCCCGCCUCGUGACGCCGUCCUCCCUCUCCGCUCCCCGCAGUGGCCGGGAGGGGUCCGCGGGGCGGGGAGGUGGGGAGCGGGGAGCCCCCGGGUGGAACGGGGAGAGCCAAGCCCCGCGGCGGAGAUACCUGCUCCCGCGUCCCGCCCGGGGCCAUCGGGAUGACACGGACAGUACCCCAAAGCCCUUGAUCAGCCCCCAAAGGGAGGUCACACGACUUUGCUCUACCUCUCCCGGCGCGGAGAUCACGUCCCGCGUGCUCCGAGGGCGGCCACACACCCCAGCACCCAACCUCGGUGCCCCUCUCCCGGCGGAGGAGAACGGCCCCAGCCCCCGCUUUCUGGGGCACCGGUCCUAAGAGGGCGCCUUACACGUAGCGCGCCUGGACCCCAUCGUGACUCUUCCUGCAGAGUGGGGCGAAAGUGUGGGGGGAGAAUCGCCUUGCCACUGGCAACAACAGAAUUGCUCGUUGCCUUCGUCUGCAUCCUCUUUUCCGUAAAGUCUUGAUUGCCCCCGUGCACCCCCGAGCUGGCCGCAGCACCAGCCUUUGGAGCUUUAAGAACCCCUUAAGACUCCGCAGAGAGAACUGCCCUGUGCUCUGCCCUGGACAAUGGGUUCCGCUGGGCCGGGAUUAUUUUAAACUGCUACCAGCAAGUCAGGCGACAUCUGACACCGGCAGUCCAGCCCGCGCAGAGGUGAAACAGGUGAGUCGUAAGGCAAACUAUGUUAAAUGCAAAAAACAAAUACUGCAAGAAAAAUAAGGGUGGAGCUGGGUGGGAUGUGCGGUCAUCUGACCUGAGAGUAACCCAGCUGGUUACUAAGAAGGGUUUUACUUUGCCCUCCACUUUUCGUAAUUUUGUAGGAUUGUCUCGUGCCCACUAGAGGUCACUAAAAAGAGUCAUUUUGCUCUAGGUCUAGUAUGGAUUCUAAGG